AGCUGACGUCUAGUCUUUCUGUUCAGGUGCACGCGGACUGACCGUCCCUCUGGCUUUUUUCCGUGGAAAUUUGGGGGAAACUAAUCAGCAGCCAUGAGUGAAGCGCAAAUGGAGGCCCGCUCUUACUUGAGCGAGGAAAUGAUCGCCGAGUUCAAGGCCGCCUUCGACAUGUUCGACACUGACGGUGGCGGUGAUAUCAGCACCAAGGAGUUGGGUACCGUCAUGAGGAUGCUGGGCCAGAACCCCACACGAGAGGAGCUGGAUGAAAUCAUUGAGGAGGUCGAUGAGGACGGCAGCGGUACCAUCGACUUUGAGGAGUUCUUGGUCAUGAUGGUCCGACAGCUAAAGGAGGACCAGGCUGGCAAGAGUGAGGAGGAGUUGGCAGAGUGUUUCCGUGUAUUCGACAAGAACGCUGACGGCUACAUCGACAGGGAGGAGUUUGCUCUGAUCAUGCGCAGCACCGGGGAGCCCAUCACAGAGGACGAGAUCGAUGAGCUCCUGAAGGAUGGAGACAAAAACGCAGACGGCAUGCUGGACUUCGAUGAAUUCCUCAAGAUGAUGGAAAAUGUGCAGUAAAACAGGGACUCAAGGACAUUCCUCCUCCCCACGACCCCCUGCUGACCCCAAUGACCUCUAACCCAACAGGCCUGUCCUCCUCUCUCACCCCCACUCCAUUUACAGAACUCGGCCUCUUUGACAGACAGACACCUGGAUGAGGGUCCUGUGCGCUUUGAUCCCCUUUCCCCUCUAUAGUCACAUCCAGGGUGGAGCACUGCAUAAAGAUCCUGGCCUAGAAGCUAUGCUGGGGAGUGCAGUUCAUACUGCCACAUGGGGUGCGCUUCACAAUCCCAAGACACCUGGCGCCCCUCCCCCAAGCUCUGUUUCAUCUAGCUCAGCAGUUAGAGUUUGAUGCUUUCUAGACAACACCAAGUCACCAUGGAGACUGCGCACUAAUGCUUGUAAAGGUAAAAUAAAGAAAUAAUAAAAGAACA